UAAAAAUUGCUUGGGGGAUGGGAUGGAUGACAUAGGUUGGAGUGGCUGGGGGCGGGCGGUGUGUAUAAAACGUGAGUUCUUUGCCCAGCCUCCGUCUUCUCCUCCUCUUCACACACAUCCAGUUGCAGGCGCCCGAACUCUCUCAGAUAUACGAAACACAGACGCACCCAUAUAUAUUAAUAAAACUUAUUGGGUGACUCCAAGGUUUGAGGGGGGUUUUUUUUUUUUUAAUUAAUUUCUGGAUUCAUCCUAAAACCCUAGCUUUAUUCACCAAUAGCUUUAUUCUUCAAUCAAAUUUUUAGGUAUUCAGUGGGAGUAAAUUUGGCGAGUUUUUUUAGUUAAUUAGGGUUUUGGGAUUUCGUAGUAAUAAUGGAUGAUCUUGAAAAGGCGAUUUUAAUAUGCUUUGAUGAAUCUGGGACUGUAGAUUCAGAACUGAAAUCAAAGGCAGCGACUUUUAUUCAGCAAAUUAAAGAGACUCUAUCCAUUCCUUCCAUAUGUAUAGAGAAGCUCUGUUUUUCUAAGUUAGUUCAAGUCCAAUUCUGGUGUUUGCAAUGCCUCCACGAGGCCCUUCGCGACAAAUACUCAUCAAUGGGUCUAGAGGAGAAGUCCUUUAUUCGGAAAUCCAUAUUUUCAAUGGCUUGUUGCGAGGCUGUUAAUGUUAAUGACCACAACUCUGUUCUGGUUUUGGAGGGCCAGGCAUUUAUAAAGAACAAGCUUGCUCAGGUUGUUGUGACAUUAAUAUAUUUUGAGUACCCAUCAAUUUGGCCUUCUGUUUUUAUUGAUUUCUUGCCAAAUUUGAGUAAAGGCCGGGUGGUUAUCGAUAUGUUUUGUCGGAUUUUGAAUGCGUUGGAUGAUGAAGUAAUCAGCUUAGACUAUCCACGAAAUGGGGAUGAGAUGGCUGUGGCGGGGAGGAUUAAGGAUGCAAUGAGGGCACAAUGCGUGCCUCAGAUUGUAAGGGCAUGGUAUGACGUUGUGUUGAUGUACCGGAAUUCGGACCCGGAGUUGUGUACUGGUGUUUUAGAUUCUAUGAGGAGGUACAUAUCAUGGAUUGACAUUAGCUUGAUUGUGAACGAAUCAUUUACUAGUUUGUUUUUUGAAUUGAUGUUGGUGGAUGGGUUUCCAGAUCAGCUUCGGGCUGCUGCUGCCAGUGUUCUUCUUGCAGCGGUCUCUAAGCGGAUGGAUUCAAAGUCAAAACUUGCCCUUUUAAAGAGUCUUCAUAUAAGAAGGGCUUUUGGAUUGGUAGCAGGGGAUAGUGACUCUGAGUUGGUUUCUGGCGUGGCUUCUUUGCUUACUGGCUAUGCUGCUGAGGCUUUGGAAUGUUCCAAGCGUUUGAGCCCCAGUGACGGUAAAGAGAUUUCAUUGGAGCUGUUGAAUGAGGUUUUGCCGUCGGUUUUUUAUGUAAUGCAGAGCUGUGAAGUUGAUGCAACGUUCAGCAUUGUUCAGUUUCUUUCUGGUUAUGUUAAUACAAUGAAAAGUCUUUCCAUGCUGACAGAAACACAGCUACUUCAUGUGCGACAGAUAUUAGAAGUGAUUCGAGUGCAGAUUCAGUUUGAUCCUAUCUACCGCAAUAAUCUUGAUGUGUUGGACAAGAUCGGGAGAGAAGAAGAAGAUAGGAUGGUGGAGUUUAGGAAAGAUUUAUUUGUAUUGCUUCGCAGUGUAGGUUGUGUAGCACCUGACAUGACUCAGAUUUUUAUCAGGAACUCAUUAGCAAGUGCUGCUGCAUCAUCAGAGGAUAGAAAUGUUGAAGUGGUAGAAGCUGCACUUUCCUUAUUUUAUGCUCUUGGAGAAUCAAUAAGUGAUGAUAUGAUGAGGACUGCAAGUGGUCAAUUGGGAGAGCUGGUUCUGAUGCUUUUAUCAACGAGAUUUCCUUGUCAUUCCAAUAGGAUUGUGGCACUUGUUUUCCUGGAAACGAUAACAAGAUAUAUGAAGUUUGUGCAGGAGAACACUCAAUAUAUUCCUGUAGCCCUGGGUGCCUUUCUUGACGAAAGAGGUAUACACCAUUCAAAUGUCAAUGUGAGUCGAAGGGCAAGUUAUCUUUUCAUGAGAGUUGUCAAAUUGCUCAAAGCAAAGCUUGUUCCUUAUAUAGAGACAAUCUUGCAGAGUCUACAAGAUACAGUUGCACAGUUUACUAGAAUGGAUGGUUCAUCAAAAACACAAUCGGGAUCUGAAGAUGGUAGUCACAUUUUUGAGGCAAUUGGGUUAUUAAUUGGAAUGGAAGAUGUACCACUUGAAAAGCAAUCUGACUACCUAGCUGCCUUGCUUACUCCUCUCUGUCAGCAGGUUGAAUUUGCCCUCUUAAAUGCUCAAACUCAGAUUCCCGAUGAAUCUGCGACAAAUAUAGCAAAGAUCCAGCAAAUAAUUAUGGCCAUUAAUGCCCUCAGCAAGGGCUUCAGUGAGCGUCUUGUAACUGCCAGUCGCCCUGCUAUUGGUCUCAUGUUCAAACAGACAUUAGAUGUUCUCCUACAACUACUAGUUGUCUUUCCGAAGAUAGUACCACUACGGUGUAAGGUCACUUCAUUUAUUCACCGUAUGGUGGAUACCUUGGGAGCAUCAGUGUUCCCAUAUCUUCCCAAGGCACUGGAGCAGUUGCUAGCAGAAAGUGAGUCAAAGGAACUGGUGGGUUUUUUGGUACUUCUUAACCAGCUCAUCUGCAAAUUCAACACUGGAGUCUAUGACAUAUUGGAGGAAGUGUACCCUGUUAUUGCUGGUAGGCUGUUUAGUAUUCUCCCAAGAGGUGAUAUUCCAUCAGGACCUGGUGGCAGUACUGAGGAAAUCCGCGAGCUGCAAGAGCUUCAGCGAACAUUUUACACAUUUCUUCAUGUGAUUGCUACUCAUGAUCUAUCACCAAUUUUCCUUUCCCCAAGAGGUCAGGGUUACUUGGAUCCAAUGAUGCAAUUGCUGUUAUAUGCAUCUUGUUAUCAUAAUGGUAUCGCUGUACGGAAGGCAUGUGUACAGAUAAUAAUAAGGCUAAUUAAAGAUUGGUGUACCAGGCCUUAUAGUGAAGAAAAGGUUCCUGGUUUUCGAAGUUUUGUCGUUGAGGUGUUUGCAACCAAUUGUUGUCUCUACAGUGUGCUUGACAAGUCCUUUGAUUUUCGUGAUGCAAACACUCUUAGCUUGUUCGGAGAAAUAGUGCUAGCUCAGAAGGUCAUGUAUGAGAAAUUUGGCAAUGAUUUUCUUCAUCAUUUUGUAUCAAAAGGUUUCUCCAAUGCGCAUUGCCAUCAAGACUUUGUAGAACAGUAUUGUCAGAAGCUGCAGGGUAAUGACAUCAAGGCUCUGAAAUCUUUUUACCAGUAUCUUAUUGAACAUUUGAGACACCAACAAAAUGGCAGCUUGGUUGCUAGAUAACAUGUCAUAAUACACACCAAUAAUUAUAUUUGCUAAAUGCUUAAUGCCUUUACCAGUUGAGCUGCUCCAUUUUUUUCAACAAUAGGGUUCUUUUCUGUAAAUACCGUUCAUUUGGCUAUGAUAGACACAAAGGUAUGGCCAUAAACAAUGUUCUUCUUGGCACAAGUUUUAUGUCCUACAUAAUUUGAUACUUCUUGAGUGCUAACGUGUUCCUAUUGCAUUGGCACGGGAGAUGUAAAUUUGUGAAAGUGGUUCAUAUGAAAUGCUAUAUUAUUACUCAGUUUUGGUGCUGAGCAUUUCACUAAAGCUUUGGCAAGGGCGGUUCUGCAUAAACCGAAUUUUGUUUAUUGGGAUUACUUUACUCUUCAUUGUGUGAUCUACCAACAAAGUUUUCUAGUUCCUUUCUGAGGGAAACAAAUGAAGUUAUUACUUCUCGGGGUUCUACUAAAGACUGAUUCUGUUUUUAGUUUUGCCAUAAGAAAAAGGAGGGGAAUUUUCUCUGUUUCUUUCUUCAUCCUCUUCUUGAAAUGCAGUUUUAUUCUUUAGAUUUUUUCUACUUUUUAUAUAUGGGUUGAUUCUUUAGCUUUUAGUUUGUUGAAUUUAUGAAUGCUAUAAUGAAGAGAAGGAUCGUGCAGUUGUACAGUGAAUAUGAUUUUGAUUUCAUUGUC